CGGACUCACGGACGGACCGGCGGAGGGGCAGGAGCAAUGCCGGCCGCCCGGGUGGACUACAUCGCGCCCUGGUGGGCCGUCUGGCUGCACAGCUUCCCGCACUUGAGCCUGCGCUUGCAGUCCGUGGAUAGCACCUUCAACCCCCAGGACCCCAGUUACCAGGAGUCGCUGCUGUUACUGGGGCUUGUGGCCGGUGUCUGCUUGGGCCUGAACUUGAUCUUCAUCACCGUCUACCUGAUUUGCUUGUGCUGCUGUAACCAAGAUGAGGAGGUCCAGACCAAGCAACCCAAGUCUUCCUGCAUCACCUGGACCUCUGUGGUAGCCGGACUCAUCUGCUGCGCCGCAGUGGGAGUCGGUUUCUAUGGAAACAGUGAAACCAAUGAUGGAGUAUACCAAUUGAUCUAUUCCUUGGAUAAUGCCAACCACACCUUCUCAGGGAUUGAUGAACUGGUGUCAGGCACCACGCUGAAAAUGAAGAUGAACCUGGAGCAGCACUUGGCCCGGCUCAGUGAGAUCUUUGCCACCCGGGGAGACUAUAUCCAGACGUUGAAGUUCGUGCAGCAGAUGUCAGGCAACAUCAUCCUACAGCUCUCAGGCCUGCCUGUGUGGAGGGAUGUCAGCAUGGAGCUGACUGAGGUGGCAAACAAGACCACCUAUGUGGAAUAUUACAGGUGGCUUUCUUAUCUCUUGCUUUUCAUCUUGGACCUGGUUAUCUGCCUCAUCGCCUGCCUGGGGCUGGCUAAGCACUCCAAAUGUCUCCUAGCUACGAUGCUUUGCUGUGGCGUGCUUACUCUCCUCCUCAGCUGGGCUUCCCUGGCCGCUGACACAGCAGCUGCAGUGGGCACCAGUGAUUUCUGUGUAGCUCCGGACAAGUUCAUCCUGAAUGUCACGCAGGGCCGGAUGAGCACAGAGAUAACCCGUUACUACCUGUAUUGCAGCCAGGGCCUGAGUAACCCAUUCCAACAGGCAUUGACCAUCUUCCAGCGAUCAUUAACUACAAUGCAGAUCCAGGUCCUUGGCCUAUUACAAUUUGCAGUGCCCUUAUUCCCCACAGCAGAGAAAGAUCUGCUUGGGAUACAGCUGCUGCUGAACUCAUCUGAGUCCAGCCUCCAUCAGCUGACUGCCAUGUUAGAUUGCAGAGGGCUGCAUAAGGAUUACCUUGAUGCCCUAAUUGGUAUCUGCUAUGAUGGCGUUGAAGGGCUGCUCUACCUUGGCCUAUUCUCCCUCUUGGCUGCCAUGGCCUUCUCGACCAUGAUCUGUGCAGGGCCUCAGGCCUGGAAAUAUUUGGUUGUGAGGGACAGGAGCUACGAUGACAUUGAUGAAGAUGACCCUUUCAACCCCCAGGCCCGGCGCAUUGCUGCCCACAACCCUACCCGGGGGCAACUCCGAAGUUUCUGUAGCUACAGCAGCAGCCUGGGCAGUCAGACCAGCCUGCAUCCCCCAGCCCAGACAGUCUCAAAUGCCCCUGUCUCAGAAUACAUGAACCAAGCGAUGCUCUUUGGUGGGAACCCACGCUAUGAGAACGUCCCGCUGAUCGGAAGAGCCUCUCCUCCCCCCACGUACACUCCCAGCAUGAGGGCAACAUACCUUUCCGUCACUGAUGAGCACAUGAGGCAUUACGGGAAUGAGUUUCCAGCCCAGUAGUCUUCCAGUGGUUUCUUUCUUUUCUUUCUUUUUUUUUUUCCAAAAGAAAACACAAGCUAUAUUUCUUGAAUAGAAAUUACAGGAAACUAGAAAAAUGCAUGAACUAAGGGAAUGAAACAAGCUCAACUGAAGAGAGCAUGAGCUGGUGGAGCUGAUUCAAGAGAGGACAGGCUCCUGAGCAAGGCUGGAGUGCUGGAACAUGGCAGACUGCCAACCACAGGCAAAGAGAAGAUGUCAGGAGUCUCUAGGGUGUGCAUGCCGAAGCCUCCCUAACUGUCUUCCUCUCCAUGUUGGAAAUGCCCUAUGGUGAGAGCCUAGAAGCUGCUGUUCCCCAAGUUGUAUUUCAGUCAUUCUGUCCUUUCAAAGAAAAAGUGGGAGGCCUGGACAGUCCCAGAUGCUGCAGCCUGGGGACAGAGCUGUCUCUCCUUGGACCUUCAUUGAGGACUUUGUCUUCUGUUACAUUUUGAUAGUUAUUCUGAGUCAAAAGCACAGGUCAUCAGAUCUCUUAAUCUCCUCUUCCCUCUCCUUCCUAACUGCACUGAUUAGGAGAGAUUUUUUUUUUUACCUGCCUGAAAUAGAGGGAAGAGUUGUUGUUUUUUUAAAGAGAAGUUAAAUGUGAAAUAAGUAGUUUGAUACUGUCCAAAUAAAUAGGCCACAGGGCUACACUGACUCUUUGGUAUCAGUGGUCUUACCAUGUAGAAAUAAGUUCAUUGAGUAUGGGACAUAGGGAUGGGAAGGUGGUAGAGACAGAAAAAAAGGGAUAGCAUUGGAUAGUGCACAUUGAUAGUCUUCCAGGAGACUUUAGGAUUGCGAUUUGGGGCCGAUUUGGUCUCCUCCAUUGUGUACAUGCAUCAUUCACAUUUGCCCUUGGACAACCAGCCUUCCUAUUAUGUCUUUGACCACCUUGUUUCCUCCACAAAUGAAAAUUCUGCUCUGAGUUUAUCAGAUGUGAUAGGGCUGGUCUCAGGUGUUUCUAUAAACAUUUGAAAAGGCAUAUAACUCUCUUUUUUUCCUCCAGUGUUUUUUUUUUAAUUGGUUAUCAAAAGGAGAGAAACCUUCAACACAUUAUCCUUUUAAGAUGUGGGAUUCUGAGUUCAUUUCCUACAUUUAAAAAUAUAUAUAUAUAUUGGUAUUAUUCUUAGUACUGAUCAGCUCCCCUGGGUUUAGCAGAAUUUUUUUUUUAAUAAAAUGCAAUAGAAAACUAAGAAUGAGACAUCUACUAGUGCUUGCAGAGGAUCCUGGUUUCAUCCCACUCAGGAAGAAAGUCUCUUUAAUGAGAGAGGCAGCUAACCAGGAUAAUGGAACUGAAUUUUCACCCUGGGGAAAAGGUGAGAGAGACAUGUUACUUUUUUCACGUUUAUUUCCAUGCAAAAUUUUCUCUCUUUUUCAAGAGGAAGAUGUGGAGUCUUGGUAACAAGCAGGAAAAUGUGUCUUCUACUGUGUCACACCUCUUCCCUACCACUGACAUAUUUUUUUUCAUAUACUAUGCUACCAGCCUUUACCUCCAUUGUGAAAAUAGGCUCUUGAACCAGGAGGAAAUAAUGCCCUACCAUUCUGCCUUCCUAAGGAUUAAAGGUUAGGGUCUUUGGUGCUUCCAAUCUCCUGCCAACCCAAAGUGCACAUGCUCAAGCUCCUCCUAGAGCAGGAAUAAAAUUCUACUUUAGCUUGAGAUGGGGCGACUUCUUGUAGCUUUGGAAGUGCUCCCUUGUUGGAAUAACAAUGCUGACGGUGUGGAGUAUUGGCUAGCUUAUGGCAGGUAAAACCAGUGUUGGCAUGCCAGGCCAUCCCAACCCAGGGCUCUUCCAUUAGAGCUACUGAACUAUCAGUGACUCACUGUGUCCCUCACUAAUAAUAACCUGUAUAUACUCUGUACCAUAGAAACAGCCUUUGAAUAUCUGUGACCAUGGACCAUGUGACUAGGAGUGACUAGUUACACAAGGUUUUGCUUCUUAACAUUUCAUUGUUGUAACUAGGACAGCUAUUUUUAACGCAUGUAAAUGGAACAUUCUUUUGGGGGCUCCUGAAGGAGCAAAAUGGGGAAACCUCUGCCUGAAUGUGGAUGUACCUGCCCAGGAGAAAGAAAUAAACACUUAUACUAAA